CAAAAAAAAAAAAAAAGAAGAAGUUAACUGUUCUUAAAUGCAGGGUAGGACAGGUCAGCAUCCUGAGAGACAAACUGGUCAAGAAGCAUCUGGUUUACAAUCUCCCAUUUGAGUUGCCCUCACACUGGUAAGGCUUGGUUGGCUUCUGUUGUCACUCUCAGCUCAGGGGGCGGGCAGUGGGGCAGGAGCCAAUCAGCGUCGAAGGGGAGGGGGCUUUACGAACUGUCCAAUCAGGUGGCCCGGGGAGGCGGGCUCUGUUUCCUCCUCCGAAAUCCGGACCCGGAGGAGAGUUGAGAGCCGCUCCAGCUGGCUGGGCCGUCUCGCUUUAGGAUGUCUGCCGGCUGCGGGCUGCGUGCGAAGGACCCGGGGAGACCCUCCAGCCACACAAUGAAGGCAGUGACCUUUGAGGAUGUGGCUGUGAACUUCUCCGUGGAGGAGUGGGCUUUGUUGGAUCCAUCCCAGAAGAAGCUCUACCGAGAUGUGAUGUGGGAAAACUUUAGGAAUGUGACUGCUUUAGGAAGAAACUGGGAUGACCAGCAAAUUGAAGAUAAGUUUAGCAAUUACAGGAAAACUCUAAGAAGUGCAGAGGUAGAUAAAUACUGUCAGUAUAAAUUAUGGUAUCAACAUGAGGAAACAGUUUUUAUGACUCCUGAUACAAAUGUGCACAUGAAAUGCCUUGGUACAAAACCAGGUGAAAGCCUUCCAUGUGGAAAGCCUCCCAUUGGUCAUUCAUCAUUAACCAUGACCAUCAUAGAUCACACUGGAUUCAAGCCAUAUGAGCUUCAUGGAUUUGAACAGAAGCCAUCUAAUUGUAACAGACAUGAGAAAACCUCUACUGACUUUCAGUCUUUUGAGAAACAUGUAAAGGUACCUCCUGAAGAAAAACCCUGUGGAUAUAAGCAAUGUAUAAAAUCCUACUCUGAUCGCACUGUUGAAACUAAUGCUGAGGAGAAAUCCUUUGAAUGUAAGCAAGAUGUGAGAGCCUUCAGUACACCCAUCUAUGUUCAACUCCAGGAAAGAAAUCACAGUAGGGUGAAUACCUAUAUAUGUAUACAAAGUGGAAAAGUUUUAAAUUCUCACCAUGAUAUUCAGAAACAUGAAAGUGCUCAUAUUGGAACAAAAUUCUAUGUAUGGAAACACAGUUGGAAAUCCUUUAAUAAUAACACUUUAUUUGGUAAUCAUGAAAGAACUCACUUUGUGGGAAAACCCUACAAAUAUAAGCAAUGUGGAAAUGCUUUCAGCAAACAGAAUUGUCAAAUGCAUGAACAAACUCAGACUGGGGAGAAACACUACAUAUGUAAGGAAUGUGGGAAAGCUUUCACCAAACACACUCAGUAUAAAAUACAUGAAAGGAUCCACACUGGGGAGAAACCCUAUAUAUGUAAGCAAUGUGGAAAAGCUUUCAGCAGACACAGUGACUGUGAAAUACAUGAAAGAACUCACACUGGGGAAAAACCCUAUGAAUGUAAACAAUGUGGGAAAGCCUUCAUGACACAGAGUCAUUGUAAAACACAUGAAAGGACUCACACUGGGGAGAAACCGUAUGUAUGUAAUCAGUGUGGGAAAGCUUUCAUAACGCAGAGUAAUUGUAAAACACAUGGAAGGAUCCACACUGGGGAGAAACCCUAUGUAUGUCAGCAAUGUGGAAAAGCUUUCACCAGGCGCAGUGACUGUGAAAUUCAUGAAAGGACUCACACUGGAGUGAAACCCUAUGUAUGUAACCAAUGUGGGAAACCUUUCAGCAGACAGAGUGAAUGUAAAAUACAUGAAAGGACUCACACUGGGGAGAAACCCUAUGUAUGUAAGCAGUGUGGGAAAGCAUUCAGCACACACGGUAAUUGUCAAAUGCAUAAACAAACUCACACAGGGGAGAAACCGUAUGUGUGUAAACAAUGUGGGAAAGCUUUUACCACACACAGCUCUUGUCAAAUACAUGAAAGGAUCCACACUGGGGAGAAACCUUAUGUAUGCAGCCAGUGUGGAAAAGCUUUCAGCAGGAACAGUGAAUAUAAGACACAUGAAAGGACUCACACUGGGGAGAAACCCUAUGUAUGUCAGCAAUGUGGGAAAGCUUUUAUCAGGCACAGUGAAUGUAAAAUACAUGAAAGGUGUCACACUGGGGAGAAACCCUAUGUAUGUCAGCAGUGUGGCAAAGCUUUCAUGACACAGAACCGUUGUAAAACACAUGAAAAGACUCACACUGGAGAGAAACCCUAUGUAUGUAAGCAAUGUGGGAAAGCUUUCAUGACACAGAGUCAUUAUAAAACACAUGAAAGGAUUCACACCGGAGAGAAACCCUAUGUAUGUAAGCAGUGUGGGAAAGCUUUUACCACUCGCAGUUCUUGUCAAAUACAUGAAAGGAUCCACACUGGGGAGAAACCUUACUUAUGUAACCACUGUGGGAAAGCUUUCAGCAGGCGCAAUGACUGUGAAAUACAUGUAAGGACUCACACUGGAGAGAAACCCUAUGUAUGUAAGCAAUGUGGGAAAGCUUUCAUGACACAGAGUCAUUAUAAAAUACAUGAAAGGACUCAUACUGGAGAAAAACCCUAUGUAUGUAAGCAGUGUGGGAAAGCUUUCACCACACACAGUUCUUGUCAAAUACAUGAAAGGAUCCACACUGGGGAGAAACCCUACAUAUGUAACCACUGUGGCAAAGCUUUUAGCAGACGCAGUGACUGUGAAAUCCAUGAAAGAACUCAUACUGGGGAGAAACCGUAUGUAUGUAACCAGUGUGGAAAAGCUUUCAGUAGGCACAGUGAACGAAAAAUACAUGUAAGGACUCACUCUGGGGAGAAACCCUAUGUAUGUAAGCAAUGUGGGAAAGCUUUCACUACACACAGUAAUUGCCAAAUACAUGAGCAAACUCACACUGGAAAGAAACCCUAUGUGUGUAAACAGUGUGGCAAAGCUUUCAGGACCCACAGCUUAUGUAAAAGACAUGAAACAGCUCACACUGUGGAAAAUUCCUAAGUAUGUAAGGAAUGUGAAAGAGCUUUCAGCAGUUCCAGUGCCUGUGAGACACAUCAAAGGACUUACACUGGGGAGAAACCCUAUGUAUGUAACCAAUGUGGGAAAGCUUUUAGCAGGCACAGUGAAUAUAAAAUACAUGAAAGGACUCACACAAAGGAUAAAGUGUAUGUGUGUAAGUAAUAUGGGAAAGCUUUCAACCCAGGAAUUGUCAAAGGCAUGAAAGGAAUCAGUCUAGAAACCCUACAUAUGUCAGCAAUGUGGAAAAGCAUUCAGUUACUCUAGUAAUCAUCAUAGAUAUUAAAAUCUUCAAAGAGGAAAUUACCUUUGAAUAUAUAAAGUGACUUUUUCUGACAUGACAGGACAGUGCAGAGAAGCCCUUUGAGUAAAAAGAACCUUUGUAUAUAAAAAAAAUCUUUCAGUACACAGGUCUUAUUACAUCAGAAUUUGUAGACCAGCUAAUCUGAAUAUAUGUGAAAUGUCUUAUUUUCCUCAGUGCUCUCAAGUUCAUGAAAGAAUUCAUGAGAAGGAGGCCAGGUAUUUAGCUCAGUGUUUCUGUCACCUGCCUUGCAAGCACAAGGUCCUGAGUUCAAUCUCCGGUACCAAAACUAUUCAUGAGAAGGAAGCCACAUGUAUGCAAUAAAUAUGGAAAAUCCUUCCAUUUUUCCACUUACGCUGAAAACCCUGAAAGAAGUCCCACUGAAGAGAAAGCGUUUAUGGUGUGUGAAAAUUUUUUAUGGUUCUCAUAACAUCAAAAAACAUGCACAAACUCAAAAUGAGAUUUAGAAUAAAAACAAUGUGAAAAAGCUAAGGAUCAGAUUGACAGAGACAGAGAGGUGAUUUAGGAAUUAGAUCCCAAGUUUCUAAGCACACAUCCAGAGACAGUCUUCCUCUAAUAUAUCUAUGGAUCAGUGCAGUGAUGAGGUUGGAAUAACAAAGCACUUUACGUUUAAAUCUUCAGUACAUGGCCUUUAAGGGACAUUUGACAUGCAACCGAUCGCCUUAGUUUGAGUAAAGUGAAGUUUAUUCAUACAAUAAAGUUUUAUUGAGUCUUAAAGGAAAUCCUUUGUGACAAAGUAGGUUAAACAAGAGGUCAUUACAUGAAAUAUGCCAUGCAUAGACAAACUAGAGGUUGAUCAUAUUGGUUUUUAGCAUCUAAAAUUGACAACUUUAAAGAAGCAGAGAGUUUAGUGAUGGUUGCCACGUGUGGUUCAGAAAGUUGAGAGAUGUUAAUGAGAACACAGUGUUUCUCUUGUAGAGUACAAAAUGGCAUAGAUCAUAGUGACUACAAGUGAUUGAUGUGGUGCCCCAUAGCAUCGCAAUUUGCUAAAAGUUGAUUUUAGUGUUUCUGCCACAUUCCUAAAAGGUAAUUCUGUUAGGUAAUGCAAAUGCUACCAAGGAAGAAUAUGAUAAUUUCACCAUAUAAACAGCAACAUAUUGCACUAUACACUUUAAAUAUAUAUUUUAUUUUUUGUUCCAUGACUAGAAUUUAGCAAAAAUAAUGUGAUUAUGAUUUCACGAUGUAUCUAAACUCUUCAAUUUUGAAAAUUAAUUUAAUUCAAACUACUUCUGAAAGUAUUCAGUAUUGUUUGGGCUGAAGGUUGUGAGAUAUUGUUAAAAUAAAAGUAUUCUGUGUUUUAUACUGAAGUUUAUACUUGGUUAGUUUGAAAUUAAAAGUUUUUCAGAAUAUAAUUUGGAAAUAAUUGACAUGAAUUCUUUUCAUCUCAUUUUGACAGAAUGUUGUAUAUGUGUUCAGAAAACUACAUUUUAAGAACACUUAGGCUUGUUUGUCUAAUUUAAUUCACUUAACAUUAUGUUUUCAAGGUGAAUCCGUUCUUCUACAACUGUCUUGAAUUUAUCCUUUUUAGUCAAGUAAUACUCCAUUAUGUAUGGAUACCAUAUUUUCUCCAUCCCUGUGUUACUGGACAGAUACGAGGACACAGACAGCUCUUUGGCAAGUGGAAGGGGAUUGGGAGGCCAAGGAUGGGAAGAAGGGGACCUAAAAAAUUAAUGUCAUAUACCAGCUCCCCACAGUGAAUGCGAUCUUUAUGUCACAAACAUGAACUAAAUAAUGAUAGUAAUAUUGAUGAUGAUGAUGAAGAAGAAAUGGGGAAAAGGGAUCUGGAGCCAGAGAGGAAAGAUGGUGGGUGAGGAGAGGAAGAGAAAUUAUAAGAAUCAAAAUGUUAAGUACCGAUGCCUACUCCGUAGCAUGAACAUGAACAUGUACUUCAAACAUGUGCUCAUUAAAAAGCUUAAUAUUUAAAUACUUAAGUAUGUAGAGAUGUUUCAUGCUUUUAUCUGGUUCCUAAAGAUUUCUCAGCAGAUAUAUUGAAAAUAAUAUGUAAAGAUGACUUUGGGUCUCUGGAAGCCAACCUUCAGGUUGCAGGUUUUUUUAGUUUUGAAUUCCAAGUAAACAUUUAUCUUUGUCAUAGGCUCCAACUAAAGCUAUCAACACUAAGCAGAAAUCCAUUGCAUGCAGUUCCUUUGAUUACUCAUGGCAGUGAUUAUGUGAUUUUAUGAGGGAGAGUAACUAGGUAUACACAUGCACCAGGACAUUUGCAUCUAUGAAGUUGCAUUAGCAAAUGGAAACAGGUAAUCUUUUGCUCUCUGGAUCCUACCAUGGCUGUUGAUAUGCCAUCUCAUUCACCAAAAUAUAUUGAUAGACCCUGUCUUAGUGCAUUCCAGCAGACCUAAUCAAAAUAACACGUGGUGGUUCUCUUUGUGAAAUAAUUAUUUCUCGAGUUUUGAAGCCUCGGAAAUCCAGUAUCAUCUAAGCACUGGUGACUUCUACCCAAAUUCUCACAAGGCAGGGAGGUGUGCAGGAUGCCUUUGGCCUCUUUUAUAUGUAUAUAUGUCAUUAUUGAGGGUUCUUGACUCAUGACAGAAAUAAUUUCCAGAGAUCCCUACCUCCUUAUACCAUCAUUUUAGGAAUUAGGUUUUAAAAUACAUAUUUUGGGGUAAUGACAUUCAGAACACAGAAACCAUUGUAUGAAGUGAUAUUGUAUGUUGAGAAAUGUAGUGGAUUGCAUGAAGCUUUGUGUGUCUUCCCGCAGUUUAUAUGCUGAUACAUAAUGCACAUUUAGAAGUAUUUUGAGGAUGGAAAUUUAAGCAAUUUUUUUCAAUUAGAGUUUAGAAGAAAUAAUGCAACUGUAGUUGUCAUGAACUGAAUUGAGAACAAAGUAUUGCUGAAGGAAAACAAAUUUGAUCACCAUUUAUUUUGAGAUCCUGAAAGUAAUUAUUAAAAGUAAAUGACAGAGGACCGGGGAUUUAGCUCAGUGGUUCCGACGCCUGCCUUGCAAAUGCAUGGCCCCGCGUUCGAUCCCUGGUACCAAAAAAAAAAAAAA